CCGGUGGCGCAUCCACAGCCCCCGUGUCCGUUCAAAACAGUCGGCAUUGUACAAGUGCAAGUCACGCACACGGAUGUACCGGCCGUGAGUCAGUCAGGAUACUUUGUACAAGCAAUUUGAACGCUUUACAUUGUGAAGUUGAAGAGAUUACACUCGUAUGGAGUGAGGUGCUGCUGCUGUAAUGGAGCUCAGCAGGGGAGAGGUGCCACUUUAUGGUCAGGUGGAGGUCUUUGUGAAGCUGCAGGUGUCACCGUGUAUUCAAGAAGAAGCUGACUAUUAUGUGGUCCUUGUAGGCUCGUUCCUUCACCAUGUAACUACAGCUCACAGGACCGAGGAUCAAGGUUCAAUUAGAUUCACUGUGCCCGGCCACGAUGUUCCAGAGAAAGUAUCUGUGGAGAUCUACUGCUGUUUGAGGGGCAGCAGAAGUCCCAUCAGCCCCCUCUGCAAUUCAGGACAGCUCUCUCUGGAGUAUAUGCGGGAUGAGGCACAAGAGGUGGCAGAGCAGCUGAUGAACUUAACAUCCAGCAGCUAUCAGGAUAUCCUAAGGAAGUUCUGCCCAGAGAAAAUGUUUUCAUCUGAGACUAACCAUUUAGACCAGACUGGCCAGCAUGGGACAGAUGGGAUUUGUGAUCCAAAGGAAUUAUUUCGAUUGGAAAGCCUAGCAGAACAGGGGCUCAGUGUUUGUGAACAGGGGAAUUUUAGCCAGAUAGAAGCCUCAGGAACAUCAGAGUUUAAUCCAGAGCACAGAUGCACAGUGGGACAACACAGUGCAGUUGAUGAAAAAAUUGCACAGGCCCUGGCUAACUUGCACUUUCUGGGAUGGGACAGCCAAGCUGGACAGGAGAAGCAAGAUCUCCUUUCCAGGGAAAUGCCUCUACAUGUGGCCAUGAUUUUGGGGUUCCCCCACCUCAGUCACUUCCUCCUCCAGGAGUCAGAAAGUCAGAGGAUGAUUCCCAUCGUCGACAAGGAAGGACAUAGUCCUCUCACACUGGCUCAGAAGCACAGAGACCCGACGCUCAUCAGCGCUCUAACAAAUCCCAAAAAUAGCAGUGCGUGGUGGCCAGUGUGGAUGUGUCAGAUAUGGACUGACGGCUCUCACCAGCUCCGUAUCUGCCCUGUCACUGAAUCUAUUAGUCUGACUGUGAAAAACGGCACACGGAUAGAUGCGCCACACAGCAUCGAGCUGUACAGAGAGAAGAGCAGAGCAUCGGAUACACUUGCAAGGGUGGGGCAACUAAGUGAGGGAAGCGUGCGCAGAUCUGAUGUAUGUGACACAGAUCUGAAUAGCCAACUGAGAAUCGAGGAUGAAACCCUGGUGGAUAGUGUCUUUGAAGAACAGCUUGUUCUCUGUCUGGAUGAAGAGGAUGAAGAUCUAAACACAUUUAACUCAGAGAAGCUGUGUUCCUCUCCUGGCUCCUGCACUCCACUUCACCUCAGUUCCUCAGACACUGCUGCCGUCAGGCUCAUGGCCAUGCUCAGAGGCUCCGCUAAGGACAAUGACCUCAAUAUGAAGUACGCUGUUACAAGUGUCACAGAGGACAGUUCUGGGACAGAUAGUGGUGUGUGGCCAAUGUCAGAUACAGGGGUCUUGUCACCAAGGACUAUAGAUAUGCCUCCAGCUAUUAAAGAUGAUGAAGGUCAGAGAGGACGGCAGCAUGCUUCUCGUUCUUUCUCUCCCACCACUCCAGCGGGACUGAUGCUGGAUAGACUCAUGCGUGCCACACGACCUGCUGAACUGACAUAUGACAGCUCAAGCUCACCUACAGAGCCAUGUGACCUAAGCCCGAGUCUGGUGGCCUUGGAAAUGGACAGCGAGGAGGAUGAUGAUGAUGACAUUUUAAUGAAGAAGCCCCUCCCCCAGCCACAGCCUGAGCUCAAAAACAGCACAGAUGAUCAGGUUAUAUUUGGCCCUGCCCCUGAUCUUACCUGCAUGCGAUCUCACUCCGCCUCCUCUGCCUGUAACCCCACCCCUGCAAAGGAUAUUGAGCAGGGCAUCCGUCUCCGUUCGUAUUCCUACACCUCCCCCAAAAUCAGCCUGCUGCCUCCACGAUUUAGUAGGGAUGCCCAACCUCCACCUACCGACCUCAACCAGGAUGGCGCCCGCUCCAGCAGCAGUGGCAGCAGGUCUCUCCUACAGGCACUGUCUCUGUCUAAAUCUCUGUCUCUGCUCAACCCUGUUAAACAUCGUGCCUGCAGCACAUCCGAGCAGCCUCAAGAGAAAAGGGAGUUAAGGUUUCGUAGGCGUGCUCAGUCGGCUGACGAUGAGACCAGUGCAGAGCUGGCCAACUCCCUCCAACACCUCACGCUCUCCGAAUUCCUCAAAGAGAUUGAGGAAGAGGAAUGGGACAAAUAUAUCAUCCCUUCCAAAACAGAGUCAGAAAAAUACAAAGUCAGUCGCACAUUCAGCUUUAUAAAGAGCCGAAUGUAUAGCACUCGCAACAAGAACAAGGGGAAAGGAAAAGAGAGAGAGACCAAAGACAAGCAGGUCAAUGGACACCAGUUCACAGCAGGAUCUGUCCUGGGGUCGACACUUUGUGAGAUAUGCGGCAAGCCAGCUUCUGGGAAAGAGGUCCUCCACUGCACAUACUGUGCAGUGAGUGUCCAUAAGGGCUGUAAGGACUCAUCUACACCAUGCCUGAAGAAACUUCAAGACAAAUAUUCUGUUAUGACAGUAAAAAGCAGGACAGCCUCCCUCCCUCAGAAUUUUAUAGUGCGUGAAAGUUCCUCCUCGUCCUCUCAGAUCCCCACCUCUGCCUCUCUUCCUGUGAUGACAUCACGAGACUCUACACCUCUUCCUUGCCCUCUGUCUAGAAGUGUGCCUGCGGUCACAGAAAGGCUUAGUGGUAGCCCAGAAGCAGAUAGUGACGCCCCUCCGUGGCGGAACCACAUUCAACCAGAGGAGCUCCUCCAAACCAUGGAGUCCUUAACAUCCACUGAUUCUUCCCUUAUUGAAGACACUGUAGAUUCCCCCCUACAGAAUGAGCUGGUAAUGAAUGCUGUGGAUUUGGAGGCGGAGUCAUGGAGCCUAGCGGUGGAGCCCCAGUUCUGUAAGAUGCAAGAAAAAUGCAUCAUCAAGAGACAGGAUGUCAUUUACGAGUUCAUGCAGACCGAGCUCCAUCAUGUACAGACGCUCAUGAUAAUGGCGGAGGUCUUCAGGCGGGGAAUGCGGGAAGAAGUCGGACUGGAUGCGGACACUAUUGCUCGGAUUUUCCCUUGCUUAGAUGAGCUGCUUCUCCUCCACCGUGACUUCCUUUCAGCGAUGAGGGAACGGCGGCAAAGCUGCGUUCAGCCCAACAGCAGCAAGAACUACCUCAUUCACUAUGUGGGUGACAUCUUUCUGCAACAGUUCUCCCAGGAGAAUGCAGAGAAGAUGAAGCAGGUGUAUGGUGAGUUUUGCAGUCAUCACACAGAAGCGGUCAGCUACUUCAAAGAGCUUCAGCAGCAGAAUAAGAGAUUUCAGCUCUUCAUCAAACAACAGAGUAGCAACUCAUUGGUAAAGAGGCGAGAAAUCCCAGAAUGCAUUUUGUUAGUGACGCAGCGAAUUACAAAGUAUCCCGUCCUCCUGGAGAGAAUCCUGCAUUAUACAGAGGAGGGCACAGAAGAGCAUGCUGACCUCUCUCGUGCACUAGUCCUGAUCCGAGAGCUGAUCUCCGCUGUGGACCAGUGCGUGAGUCAGUACGAGCAGAACCAGAAGCUGAGUGAGGUCCUGGGCCGCAUGGAGAACAAGUGCUCGACCAAACUGAAGAGUGGUUACACCUUCCGCAAGCAGGACAUCACCAGUGGCAGAGCUCUGCUGCACCAGGGCCCGCUGCUCUGGAAGACAGCCACAGGAAGACUGAAAGAUGUUCUGGCAUUUUUGCUGUCUGAUUCAUUGGUGUUCCUUCAGGAGAAAGAUCAGAAAUACAUCUUUGCUGCUGUGGACCAGAAGCCUCCAGUGAUCUCUCUGCAGAAGCUGAUUGUGCGUGAGGUGGCCAAUGAGGAGAGAGGCAUGUUUCUGAUCAGCGCGUCUUCAGCUGGGCCUGAGAUGUAUGAGGUGCACGCUGCUUCUAAAGAUGAACGAAAUGCCUGGAUGAGACUCAUCAGAGAGGCUGUGGAGAGUUGCCCUGAAGAGGAGGAUGAAACUACAAGUGAGUCAGAAGAGGAAAGGAGAGUCACAGAAGCAAAGGUCCAAAAGAUCCACAGGCUACAAGAGUCUUUGUGUGGCCACGAUCACCUCAUCUGUGCAAAUCUGGAAGAGAAGCUACACAUCUAUCAUAUCAUGGCAGGAGGAUGUGAGAUAGGACCAGAGCCCAGACUGCUGGUACGGCCCAGCACUGAAGACAUCCCUCAGGCCGGAGUACUGCUCAGCGCUGCUCUUAAAGAGGUGGAGAACCUGAAAGCAGCUCUCUCCUCUCACUGUGCUUCUACUGCUGCCAUCCUGUCUUGUCCAGAAGAACAGACCCAACCCAAGCCUUGCUCUCCCUCCUCCCCUCUGUUCCUUGAGCACCAGAGCCCACUGAUUGACACCCUCCAGACAGAGGAUGGAGAUUGGAGAGGAGAGGAAGGCUUGGAAACACAGGCCUUUAAUCACAGCUCAGAUGCUGAUCACAAUAUUCACCUAAAGGUGAGUCAGAGUGUGCAGAGCUUGACUCAGCUGCUGUAUAGUCUACAGGCCGCAGUCACCAUCCAAGACAGUUGCUAUGAAGUCCAGAGGCUCCUCCUCUUCCUGUUAUCAAGCCCCUCCCCUCACCCACACUCCCGCCCACCGCCCAUCACUCGCAGCAACCAGACCCUGCAGGAGCAGGAGCGUCAGCGGGAAGUGGAGCGCCGGCGAGAGGAGCUGGUGGACGUGGCCCGUCUACGGGGCACCCUGGUACGAGAGCGACAGCAGUGGGAAAGGGAGUGCCAGAUGCGGCAGCUUCAGCAGUCGGAGCUGGAGGCAUCACUGGAGCAGAGGGAGGUGGUGUGCCACCUAGAGGAGCGGAGACUGCAGUGUGAGCAGCAGGAGCUUCAAGAGCAGUUGCAGGAGUACCAGCAAAGCCUGGAGAGGCUGCGAGAAGGCCAGAGAAGUGUGGAAAAGGAGAAGGAGAAGCUGGAUGCUCAGCUGGAGAGUUUGAGGCAGGGCUACCAGCAGAACCUGCCAGCUAUGGUGAUACCACUGGAUGGACAGCAGACACAGGACGCUGGUCACCAUCACCUGGGUGGUCAGGAUGCGCAUGGAUCCAUUUUUGUGAACGAGGCUGUUCACCUGCACUCAGGAUCUAUAGGAUACUCGGAUUCUCCCAGUGCUCAGAACAGUCUCAAUUCACUCCUGGCACGAUCCAACCACAGACAGAGCUCUGCUGGAAUAUCCGAUGGUCCUGCAGGGCAUGAGAGCUGGACUGGAGGAACAAUGUACUCGACCCCUCUGAGAAGUCUAACAGAUAUCCCAAACAAUGAUGUGGGUCAGCUCAGUCAUGUCCAAGAAUCUUGGUCAGCCGGAGUAACAGAGGCAGGGCUUCAUCAAGCCAACGUCCUGCUCGUCAACCAGCCUUUUGUUACCAUGGAGACAGAGAACAGAGAUACUGAUGGAGAGGAGAAUAUUGUGUAUCUCUGAAAUGAACAAACAAGC